AUGAGAGAAGAAAAGUUAAAGCAUAUGAUGAAAGAAAUUGCAACAAAUACAGGAAUUAAUAUUGAUAAUGAGCAAAAUAUUACCCAUCAUUCAUAUCAAAAGUUAUUGAAUACUGCCUUAUUAAUUCCAUAUAGUGAUAAAAAUGAAGAUUUAGAUGAAUUUUAUUAUGCUUUUAAUAAUGAUAUUUCUUAUCAAUCUAAUAAUUCUGAUAAUAUUGCAUUAUCAUUUGGUAAAGAUCAAUUUAAUUAUAUGCUAUCUGAUAAUACUAAUGGUUCUGAGAGGUUAUUUCAAAUUCUAUGA